AUGGAUGAAGAUGAUUUGGAAUCAACGACUCCGGCCGAAGCACAAAAGCUUCUUCAAAAAGGAAACAGAAAUUCGUUUGACGAAAGAGAUAUGGUGAUGGUGUUGGACAAUGACCAGUUGAUCAUGGAGAAUCGAAAUAGCAGCGAUUUGCAGAGUCCAUUGAGGAGUGUCACUGAUGUGCUCCGAGAAGCAGAAAACAUUAUCACUGACGGACCGCUUCAACAGGCGACUACACUAGAAAAUCAAAAUGUGAUCGUUGAUCAAGUAGAUGUUGAAUUCCCAAACACUCAACCGGCUGACGGACAACGGUUCGAGAUUAUCGUUCGACACAGUAAAGUAGUUGAACAACCAGCAAAUCAACAAAGAGACGAAUCGAUGUAUGCCACCAGACAAAAUAGACUUGCGACUGUGCUCGAAGGCAUCGAGAUAGAUGGCAAUGAUGGUCCAUCGACAUCUGCAUCAACCAGCACAUCUACAUUCAAAAAGGGACAUCGUAGAGCAUGGAGUAUGCCAAAUGCCAAAGGAGAGAAAAUGACAGUUGCUGUGAUCCAUGACAAUCACGAAGAAGGUGGAAACCAACAUCGACGGCGGAUUGUGAAGUACAAAUUACACCCACAGCGAAAGACUGAUGAAUCUGGAGCUCCACAAAAACACUUGAGAUUUGUAACUGCUGGUCAUGAUGCAGAGAUUCAAUUAGAUCAUUCGGAUGAUGAUGAUGAACUAGAAGUGGAAAUCAAUGAAGAAGAGGUCAUCAUUGCGAGCGAAACCGGAGAAGGCACUCGUGCUGUUAUCAAAAGGUUUUGGGAGGCACGUUGGAAAGCAACCAAUUUUGAGACGCUCCCAGAUUGGCUUCAAGACAACGAAUAUCUUCGCACUGGACAUCGCCCACCACUUCCAUCAUUCAGUAGUUGCUUCAAAAGUAUUUUCGCUCUUCAUACUGAAACUGGAAACAUCUGGACUCAUAUGUACGGAUGUGUUGCCUUCUUUGGAAUUGGAUUAUGGUUUCUCACGAGGCCAAGUGAUCAAAUGCAAUGGUUGGAGAAGCUGAUUUACUCUGCCUUUUUCCUGGGUGCAGUAAUAUGUCUGGGAAUGUCGUUCCUUUUCCAUACAGUUGCCUGUCAUUCUGUCGAAAUGAGUAAACUGUUCAGUAAACUCGACUAUACUGGAAUCUCAUUACUGAUCGUGGGAUCUUUUGUCCCCUGGAUUUACUUUGCCUUUUAUUGUCGACCUCAACCUAUGAUCAUCUAUAACGCAAUGAUCAUUAUUCUGGGAAUUGCUGCUAUGGUAGUCUCAUUGUGGGAUAAGUUCGCAGAGCCCAAAUUUCGUCCAGUUCGAGCAGCAGUCUUCAUAGCAAUGGGGCUUUCAGCUGUGGUCCCUGCAUUCCAUUUGUUAGUCGUAGAUGGAGUCGAUUAUAUGAUGGAAGAGUCACAAGUUCAUCUGAUGAUCUUGAUGGGUGCAAUGUAUAUCGGAGGAGCAACUCUUUAUGCAACACGCGUACCUGAGCGAUGCUUCCCUGGUAAAUGUGACAUAUGGUUUCAAUCUCAUCAAUUGUUCCAUACUUUUGUCGUUCUUGCCGCUUUUGUUCACUACCAUGCGAUAUCGCAAAUGGGUAUGAACAAAUUGAUGAAAGGAUCUUGCCCAGAACAGCUCAAGAUUCGAUAUGGAAACGAAUCGAAUUCGUCAUUUCUGGGAAGAUUACUAGGGCUCGACGAGCCAGAUGGCGUACAGAAUUGGUCCCCCAGAGAUAUUGGAAUCUAG